AUGGCACUCGAUCGGCAUCCAACCGGCGAUUUGGCACUAGGCCUUUCCAUAGCCAUGAUGAUUAUGGUCUUCAUCUCCCUGCCUCUUCGUCUCUUCGCACGACUCCAGAUUAAGGGGCGUGCCUGGUGUCUGGACGAUGCGCUCAUUCUCGUCGCCGCCGCAGCAUUCUAUGCCGAGCAGACAGUAUUCCUCCUGGGCAUUCUUGGAAAUGGUAGCUCAGGGGGAUCUGAUCUUACCGAGAUGACACCGGCGCAGAUAGACUACUACUUCAAACAUCUCUUCAUUCAAGAACACCUCUUCGCAGUCUGUAUCACCUUUGUCAAGCUCUCAAUUCUCGUCCUAUACCGCCGCAUAUUCCCGAUAUACAGCUUCGCGCGCCUGACCUGGAUCCCCACCGUGAUGAGCAUUAUUUGGUAUAUCGUCGCCGCCUUUAUUCUCAUCUUUCAAUGCCACCCGAUCCGCGCCGCGUGGACCAUGGCCUUGAAGUUGACCACGGCCAAAUGCAUGAAAGCCGGAAACAUCUUGGUCGGAACUGGCAUCGCCAACAUCGUGAUUGAUCUUAUUAUCUUGGCGCUCCCCGUGUAUAUGGUCCGGAAGUCAGGGUUGAGGACCGCGAAGAAAGCUAGUAUCACCGGCAUCUUUCUUCUCGGAGGCUUCGUGUGUGUUGCUAGUGCCAUCCGUUCCUAUCAUUGCUGGAAGACGGACCACGGAUUCACUGACUCAACAACAAUGAGCCUGAACUGGGCCACGAUCGAGCUCGCAAUGGCGCUGAUCUGCGCGAGUCUGCCCACAUACCCCCCUCUCUUCGCCAAGGUGCGCCGGAAACUUGGUCGCUCGUCUGAGCGUAGAUCCACGCCUUCGAGCGGCGGAGGAUCCAUACUCACCGGAGGAUCCGAGAUCACUGGUAGCAAGCACUUGAGCAGCACCUACGACUAUGAUAAGUUGAUUUAUCAGCCCGGCACCUCCUUCCAGCCGGCUGGUAGGACGGCUCGUUUGGAUGCCCAUCCGAGCAAUUCGUACGAGCUGGUGCCUCGCGGAUCGGCCUUCUUCCCCUCUACUCUUCCUGCCUCUCCUCCGAAUUCGCAGCAUCGCUCGGAUCGCCUGCCACCAGCUCUCUCUAUCGACUACGUCUUGCUUCUCGACCGCAUCGGGCUCUCCGACCCAAAUCUACUCCCAUCUGAUCUCUGCGAAGGAGAAAUCAACAUAAAAAUGGCCGACGAGUUCGCCCAGACACGCGGCGGCGACGAUUUAUUCGACGACGAGAUCAUCCCCGUCGUCGCGGAGGAGCAAGCCCCGCCCGCAGUGCCAGUCGCCGAGGAGACCGUCGAGGUUGCCCCGAUCGAGCCCCAAGCACAACCCGCUCGGGUUGAUACUCCGUCGCGGUCGCGUGGCGGCGCAGCCGGAGGCGAGAGACGAGGCCGAGGCCGAGGCAAAGGACGCGGACGACGGGGGUCGCGGAACUCCAGCCAACGACGCGCCGAGGGGCCGGUAUCGCGGCCAAAGUCGGUCGACGCGACCUCACAACCGGAAAAUAACAACGUGGAAGACUCCACGCCGGAUGCGUCCGGAGAAAAUGCGGAACAACGGAGUAAUAACGAGGAUAACAAUGCGUCCGCGGCGGGGGCCGAUGCUCCUAAAGUGCCGGCCGUGCGUGGAGAUCGCAGCGCCACCGGCGGGAUCAAAAAGCCUAAACUCACCGAGGAAGAGCUCUCGAGGCGCAUUGCAGCUGCCAAGGAGAACGCUGCCAAAAAAGCCGCCGCUCAUGCCCGUGCCGAAGCCGACCAGGCUUCGUUCCUUGAACGCGAGAAGGUCGCCGAAGUGAAGCGAAAGCAAGAACGCCAGAACCGCCGCGUGAUGGAUAACGAACGAGAGCGCAAUCGCCUACGGAAGCUGCAGGCCCUGAAUGGGCGGGAAUGGGAUUCCGAAAAGCAAGACGAACCGGACAGCGGGCGCGGCGGGCGAGGCCGAUUCCGAGGCAUGCACGGCGGCGUUUCGGGCUACGCACGUCGAGACUUCGAGGGAGCGCAAGCGGACGAACCGCCGCACCACGACAAUAACCCCAACUAUCGCGGCCGAGGUCGGGGUGGUCGAGGCGGCCGCGGACGUGGAAACGGCCGUGGAGGGCGAGCGAACGGCCCCGUAGACGGAUCGGCACCGGAACACAAACCGACUUCAUCGCCGCCGGUGAUCAACAAUGACAACGACUUCCCUGCCCUACCGGGCAGUGACAAGAAGGAGAGCGCCGACGUCACAACCCCCGCCGUCGCGACAAACCCUGCCGUCGAGGCGGCCAAGAUCGAGACGUCCAUAUCGCCCAUAUCAGCGACCGGAGCCUCUUGGGCCGAGCAAGUCGAAUCCGCUGACUAG